UCCCUCCUGUUCUCAGUGUGCUGUGCAGGAGCCUCCUCAGUCAGUUUCACCGUCCUUCAACUCUCCAACCUUCUGAGAAACGUCUUGAUCCUGAUCAUGGCUGUCACCAACCAGCCAGGCCGAUACGAACCCUCCGAAUUCCAGACGGGCCUGUGUGAUUUCUGCGAUGACUGUGGCACUUGCUGCUAUGGUUGCUGGUGCUACCCAUGCCUGGGCUGCACCAUUGCUGCUGAUAUGGACGAGUGCUGCCUGUGUGGUCUUAGCAUGCCCAUCCGCAGCGUCUAUAGGACCAGAUACAACAUCAGAGGGUCACUGUGUAAUGAUUUUAUGACGGUAAUGUUCUGCCCAAUCUGCGCCACCUGCCAACUGAAGAGAGAUAUUGACCGCAGGAAGGAGCAGGGUAUUUUCUAACGGGAUGCUGUCCUGAUACCAGAGAAGUUGUACAUCUGCUUGACUUCUGUGCUGUCGAAGUACUUGUAGAUGCAGCCCAGUUUCUUCCUGAUAGACAGUAAAUGGGUCAUGAAAUGACAUUUGUUCUAAAUUCACUAUCCUUGUGUGAUUUUUUUUUUAUCCUCUGAGGGAGAAGACAUUCAUAUCUUACAGCCAGUUAAACAUUAGUCACCUGGGGCUUGGUUUGAU